GCCUGAGUGGGGGGCACAGGGGUGCCAGUCCUCACCUCACAGGUGGGCUGGGCCCUGCGCCUUUAUUUCUCGGCCUCUGUCCCCACCCCAGCCCAGGUGUGUCUCCGUGAGAGCUGAGGGCGGGAACAGGGUCCCGUCUAGGCUAGAAGCGGGAGCGACGGCCCCGGGCAGGUGCGGGCACCCCUCGCCCGCCCUCUCGGCCGCGCUCCCACCUGCCCGGCGUGACCUCCCGCAGCCGAUUGAAACAGGUCCCUGCGCAGCUGAAGGCCCUUCCCGGCUCCCCCGUGCCCCCGGGCAAAGUCCAAACUCCUCCAGGCGCUGACCUGCAGGUCAGAUGUCACUCCCGGCCUGCCCACCCCGCCCCCAGCCGCGGCAGCUGCGCGGACGCACGAAGUCCUGUGCCCUGCAGUGUCCUCCCUUCUCGGGGCAGUGGCCCCUGGCCCGGCCCUGGCCUGUCCCUGCCCGGUGUCCGUCCCCCAGCCAAGCUCCCUUUGCAUUGUAACCAUUUGGCGCGUCUCACUUCGGCACGGGGCGGAGCGCCCUUGGGGCGAGACCCCGCGCGUCCGGUUCCAGGUGCAGCCCAGCUCCGGGAACAGUGCUCGGUGCCGCGGGCGCGCAGCGAACCGAUGCAAAGGACGUCGCACGUCGCUAGAUGCGCCUCCUCUGCCAGCGGCCCGGUCCCGGGGGUCCCCCGCGGACCCCACGCUGCUGGCCGGACCGGCGGAGGCAGGAAAUUUCCUCCGUCCCCUCCCCAGGCCGGAGGCGGAGGCGUUUUCGGAAAGUCAGGUGCCCGGACGCGCGGCACGAGGGGGCGCCCGGCGGGCAGCGGGAGGUGCAGCGCGAGCUCGGGUGGGUCCUUCCGUGGGUGCCCCGUGCCCCACCCAGCCCCGCAGCCCGUCGCCUCCAGGCAGCCCACGCCCGGCUCGUAGCGCCACGCGGCGCGGGUCCCGCCACCCCCGGCGCACCUGCUUGGGGCGUGGCCUCCGCGGGCGGCCCGCUGCGAUUGGCGCGGCGGCGGCGGCGGGGCGGGGCCUCCUCGAGCGGCCCGCUGCGAUUGGCGGGGAGGCGGGGGCGGGGCGGGGCCCCGGCCGCCCCGCCCUUCCCCGUGCUGGCGUAUUUAAAGGAGUUGGCGGGGCGGCUCCACUCACAGCGGUCCUGCACGGCCUCGCGGGUGGACCCUCCUGCUCCUCCGGCGCGCCCCGCUGCCCCCCGGCUGCCCCGGACACCAUGCCUCGCUCCUUCCUGGUUCGGAAGUCGUCCUGUCCCCGCCGGAGGCCCAACUACAGCGAGCUGCACGACUCCUGCCCAGAGCUGACCUUCCAGCAGCCCUACGACCAGGCCCACCUGCUGGCGGCCAUCCCGCCCCCGGAGGUCCUCAACCCCACGGCCUCCCUGCCCACGCUCAUCUGGGACUCCCUGCUGGCACCGCGGGCGCCGCCGCCGAGCUGGGCGGCGCUGCUGCCCUCGGACCUGCCCCAGGCGGCCGAGCUGACCUCGCUGUCGGACGAGGACAGCGGGAAGGGCUCGCAGCCCCCCAGCCCGCCCUCGCCGGCCCCCUCGUCCUUCUCCUCCACCUCCGCCUCCUCCCUGGAGGCCGAGGGCUACGCCGCCUUCCCGGGCCUGGGCCCGCUGCCCAAGCAGCUGAGCGGGCUGGCCCUGGCCAAGGACCCCCAGGCCCGCAAGGCCUUCAACUGCAAGUACUGCACCAAGGAGUACGUCAGCCUGGGCGCGCUCAAGAUGCACAUCCGCAGCCACACGCUGCCCUGCGUGUGCGACACCUGCGGGAAGGCCUUCUCCCGGCCCUGGCUCCUGCAGGGCCAUGUCCGCACGCACACAGGUGAGAAGCCGUUCUCCUGCACCCACUGUAGCCGCGCCUUCGCCGACCGCUCCAACCUGCGGGCCCACCUGCAGACGCACUCGGACGUCAAGAAGUACCAGUGCCCCGCGUGCGCACGCACCUUCUCCCGCAUGUCCCUGCUGCACAAGCACCAGGAGUCGGGCUGCGCGGGGGGCCCCCGCUGACCCCGAGACAGCCCCCCACCCCCGCCGGUGCCAGAAGGAAGGACCCUCGGACGUCGACCCCCGCAGCUGAGGGCCACUUCCCCUGGCCUCUGCCGGGCGCCUCCGCGGGCUCAGCACUUCCCUGGACGUUUCUGGACGGCGGAUGGGAGAGCGACUCGCAGGGGACACCCCUCCCGGGCCACCCCUGCUCUGGUGGCCCUGCGGUGGCCUUUCUGCCGUGUGUGUGUAUCCAAGGAGGCUUGGAUACGGCUGCUCUGAGCUGCAGGGCAGAGGCAGAGACGCUCAGGAGGCCCCGCCCCACACGGGGUGGGGGGUAUCCUGCCACCCCCCAAGAGGCGGAACUGACUUGGGGACCUCCCGGAGCCUGCAGGGUGGUCCCUGACACAAGAUGCGCCUUGCCUGGACUCCUGGACGCCCCCCGGCCCGGCAGCUCUCAGCCCCUUUUGUCCCAGCCGCGGCACCUGUUUCCUGGGAAGCGUGUGUGAGCGUGAGUGUGUGUGUGUGUGUGAGAGAGUGUGACUGUGUUGGGGGGGGGAGGCCCACAGCCCGCUGUGUCUCCCAGAACUAUUUCGGGGCCCCGACAGCUGGGCCUGGGAGCGAUGUUUACAUUUUUAAAGGUACACUGGUAUUUAUAUUGCAAGCAACAUUUUGUACUCAGAAACCUUUUGUAUAGUUAAGUACAGUUUAUUGAUAUUCAAUAAAGUGGCUAAUUUAUAGA